CGUCGCUGGGAGCGCGUGGUUAUUUAGGCGCAGCUCGUCCAGUCCUAUUCUGGGAAAGCCAAUCUCUACUAGUGUGGUAUUCUUUGUGUGUUGUCACAGGCUAUAUAUAUAUAUGGAGAAAUUACUGUCGGUUCUGCAAUCAGGUCUGCUUGUUUUCUACUAAAACCUAUGUCAAAAUACUAUGUCGCUCGUGAAACUCACAAGCUUCUGUAUCAAUCAGGAUUAUCACUAUGUCAUCAUCAUUAUGGUAGCAGUUUUGAAAUGAAGUGAAAAGUGAACAUCGGAGGAGCCAUAUAGUUAGCAAAUACCUUGACCAAUACAUAAAUGUAAAUGAGUGGUUGAUGCUAAAAAUAUCGAGUGAAAAUGAUGUUUUAAUUUUUUUUUAGUGAAACAUCUUAAAAAUAUUUACGAAAAAAAUCUCCACUAUCAUAUAGGAUGCAAGAAAAGCAACUAAUAUAUAAUAACGCAAUAAAUCAGUGAUAGUGAAGAUAACAUACCAGUGACGAGAGCGAAUAGAAAAUCAUACAUAUUAGAGGGAUAACGACCAAUGGUUCUAUGAAACAGAUUUUGUAUAACGAUGUGAUACCGAGUGCUUUGCGUAGAGAAAAACGGAAAGAAGCAAACAAUAUUUCUCGCCGUGGUGCUAUUCAGUAAAACAAAAAAUAAUAUUUAGCAGAAAAACGGAAAAGGAGUGCUCUUUACGCACCAGCUACUAUAGCCGAGAUAAAAGAUAUGUGAAUAUCUCCAAACAAGUCAAAAAUCCCACCUACUCCAAAGUAAGUGUAUCGGAUCGGUUCAAUACCAAAAAACAACAAAGGCGUUUCUGCUGUAUUAGAGGAAUUGAUGGCUAUGGCAGAUGAUACACCAUCAAGUAAUCGUCCACCGUACAAAAAACGAAGCUCAUCAAUAUCAGCGCCCGCAUGUGCAAGCUUGGAAACUAUAGUGAGCCCUCCAUCGGAGAGUGGCACACCGGAGGGCGGCACUCCAGGAUAUAAGAGACGGAGGCCAGCCACAAGGUCUCAAAGUGCCCGUAUAACCGGACCAAGAUCGGUGCGUCGGAAACCACAACCACCUUCUACCACCCUUCAAGACUCGAAGGGACACUGCACAAGCGAACCUAGGUUAAAUGAUUCCGAAACCCCACCACCCCAAAAACGCCGUGGCUCGCAAAGGAGAGCGACGCAGAAUAAUGGCAGAAGGAUUCAAAAUGUGAGAAUUAGAUUAGCUCCAAGAAAAUCUAAUGCUUUCUUAGAUGUACCAAAUAUACAGCACCUACAGAUUGAUGAUCAGGAUGAUGAUGAUAAUUAUAGACUGAGAACUUUUAGCUCCUCGAAGCAGGGCGUUGUUAAUCGAGGAGAUUCGUUUAGAAGACGGAGAUCGCGGAGUAACAGCCUAGCACCUACCAGCCCUAUGUAUGCUCCAGAAGAGGUGCUUCCACCAAGCAAUGUACCCAUCGAAUCGUUCUUUGUAGCUAUGAUCGGUGCCCCAGGUGUUGGCAAAGGAGCUCUGCUGUAUCAGUUCCGAUCAUCUGAAUGCAUCAAUGCAUAUGACACACGAGAAUCUCCAGGACAACAAAACAUUUCUAUAAUACUAAAUGGGGAGGAAUCUGAGCUAAAAUUCAUCGCCGAUAGUGCAGACAACAAGGAUGAAAUGGCAAAAGCAGACGCAUUUCUGGUUGUUUAUUCCGUGGUUGAUAAAGCUACAUUCAGUCGAGCGGAACAGCUGCUAAAUAUGCUACACGACAUGGACCUUUCCCGUACUCGUCCAAUUAUUCUUGUUGCCAACAAAAUUGACCUGGCCCGAUCGAGGGCCGUGUCAUCUCAAGAUGGAAAAUGUUUAGCCUGCACUCAUAGAAUCAAGUUCAUAGAAGUUUCAGUAGCAAUUAACCACAAUGUAGAUGAACUACUAGCUGGAAUUCUUUCUCAAAUUCGUUUAAAGAAAGAGCAAUGCGCAACACAGGGCUGUAAAGAAUCCUCUUCUCCGCACUGGUAUAAAAAUCGCAAUGUAGUACGUGCAUCCAUGAAAGCUCGCCAAAUGAUAACAUGGAUUUUCGGGAAGGAAGACACAAAAUUUAAAAACUGUGAAAAUCUCCAAGUUCUAUAAGCUUACCAACUGACCAUCAUUUCGUCAAACUAUGAAAACUUCCUCAGAAGCACAACUUUUCGUCGCUAUAAACUUAUCGAGUAGCAAUGUCGAACAUUUAUAUUUACAUCUAUAUAUUACUAAGUUUUUAGCCUAAUAAUUUAUUUUAAGGACGAAGUGCACGGAAGCCCUAAAGUAGCCAAUCUAUACAGCGAGCGUAUUGAGAAAAGGCUUCUGUUUCCAUCUCGUCUGGAUAAUCAUUUAGUUUUAUUAAUAAAAGUGCCUUUUCUAGAGAUCUAUACACCAACAAUCAAAAACACAUCCAAAAAGUCGAAUCACAGUAGAGAGUUUUGUAAAAUGAGACCAGCUAAAAUAACAGAGUAAAAUUUUCUAAAAAUGUUCUACAUAUAAAACAAUACAAAAAAUAUACGCUUCAGUGCGUGUUUUUCUGAACUAAGAUUAUUCUAUAUUUGAUUAAAGUGUCAUCUUUUUCUAUGAUGUGAAAGCUGAUACAAAAUGUUAUAGCCCAUUCAUAUAUCUGUUGGAUCCAUUUAAACAUAAUUGGCUUUCGUCAAUGGCAUUUUCAUUUCCAGCUUUAACAGCUACGACAAAAGAUAAGAAAAAAUAGCACGUAACCCAUUUACGUGGUUGUAAUAUUCAAGCUACGCAAAAUAUCACAAUUUAACGGAAAGAAUGUUUUAUGUGUCUCCUUCAGUAAAUGUUACCGUUACUUAAUCAUUUUGAAUUAAUUGCAGGGUUUUGAUUACUGAAAUUAAACAUGAUAUAAAAACAAGCAAACAAACAAAAUUACAUUUAAAUGAAACGCGUACGUUAAAAUACACCUACGGGAUGCUAGCUUCUUCAUUUGGAAUUUGUAUAUGUUCAAAAUUUAUAGGUCUCUAAAAACAAGAAAAAAUCUCCAAGAAACAUCUGGUCAAAACUCAAUUUUGUGUUAGUUAUUAAAUUUAUAAUACACAGAAAUAAAAUUCUGAAUUAUACUGGCGAUGCUAUAACCUUCCUUUUCACCCAAACUAGCAACUUGAAGGAAAUGUUGCUUACAAAUAUGGACGGUUGCAAACAAUAUUUGGAAUAUUUCAAGAAAUGACUCGUAAUUUUACACGAUAUUAUCUGUUUCUUUGGUAACAAAA